UGGCCAGUCGGUUGAGCGGCAGGCAUUCGAGGCGGAGAGGACAGUCGCUCUCACGGACCCGCCGCGUCACUAUCCCACCAUGGUCGCGCCAACACUCCCGGCGACCGUCAUCGCACUCGUGAUAAUCGGCGCAGCCUUGCCGCCUGUUGUGCCAUUCAGAGUGCUCGGUCUGUUCCCCUUCCAGGGCCACAGUCACAACAUUAUGUCCAAGUCCCUGAUGGAAGGCCUGGCGGAUCGGGGCCACGAAGUGGUGAUGCUGAGCUCCCUGCCGCUGAUGAAGCCCAGAGCCAAUUACACGGACCUUUCUCUGGCUGCGCAGCUGCCACCUGUCAUCAAUACUAUGACGUACGACCAGCUGGCGAAUGCUCACGGGUGAGUUCACAGCACAGUGCCCACAAGAAUGACAAGCAGGCCCACCCUUCCGCCAAACGCAGUUGCCAGCUCCACUUCGCUGCGCCGGCAAUCCGUUCGGCAGGGGCCGGGCCUGUUUGGCCUGCCGGCGGCGAUGGUCGGGCCUGCGGCCCAACCAUUUCAGCCUAGUGAUUUACUGAAGAACAUAACCAAAUAAGUAAUGAGACUGAUAAAUCACUUUGCAUAUUUGAGUGAACUAACUUCCAGCGGGGGGCCUGCGGCCCUAGAGAUUUGCUCCUUUCACAUGACAAAAAACUGUAACGGGGCAACACCGUGACUACACCCCACCCUUCUGCUCAGCUUAAGAAAAAUACAAAAAAAUGAACCAGCGCAGAUUUUA